CAUCAUCUCCCCUCCUUCCACCCGUUUACUUCACAUUUUCUUAAUAAUUGUCCUAUUGUCACUGUAUAUUCUCAACCUUAUAUGUAUGUAUUUAAUAAUCAACCUCAAUGAAUUUAAUCUUUAUUCCGACAAAACCCUUGUCAAAUAUGCGAUUUUGAUUCACUUUGGUUGAGUUCCAAGACAUGGGUGCCUGUUUGUCAACCACCAAGAUCAGUGGCUCCAGUAGCACCACCCCCUCCAACGCCGACCACCGCCGCACCGGCAAGCAUAAUGAAGGUGGGUCUAAUGUCAAAUCCCAUACACCCACGGAGAUCCAUAGGAAUCAAAAACAAAAACAGAAGACCCAGCAGCAAAAUAAUCAUAAAAACAAGAGGAAAGAAAAGUCUACUUCAAGAAAAGGGGUGAUUCCAUGUGGGAAAACUACAGAUUUUGGGUAUCUUAAGGAUUUUGAUAGUAACUAUUCGACUGGGAAAUUGUUGGGUCAUGGUCAAUUUGGGUACACCUACGUUGCUAUAGAUAAAUCUAAUGGAGAUCGUGUAGCUGUCAAGAAAAUUGACAAAAAUAAGAUGAUCCUUCCGAUUGCUGUCGAAGAUGUUAAGAGAGAAGUGAAGAUAUUGCAAGCAUUAAGUGGUCACGAAAAUGUGGUUCAGUUUCAUAACGCAUAUGAAGAUAGCUCCUACGUAUACAUAGUUAUGGAGUUAUGCGAGGGUGGGGAGUUGCUGGACAGAAUUUUAGGAAAGAAAGAUAGUCGUUACUCUGAGAAAGAUGCAGCAAUUGUCGUAAGGCAAAUGCUCAAAGUUGCUGCUGAAUGCCAUUUACACGGUUUAGUACACCGUGACAUGAAACCAGAGAACUUUCUUUUCAAGUCGAAGAAAGACGAUUCACACUUAAAGGCUACAGAUUUCGGUCUAUCGGACUUCAUAAGGCCAGGAAGGAAGUUUACUGAUAUAGUUGGAAGUGCAUAUUAUGUUGCACCCGAAGUAUUGAAACGAAAAUCAGGGCCUGAAUCCGAUGUUUGGAGUAUAGGAGUGAUCACAUACAUUUUACUUUGUGGGCGUCGCCCCUUUUGGGAUAAAACUGAAGAUGGGAUUUUCAAAGAGGUUUUAAAAAACAAACCUGACUUUAAACGCAAACCAUGGCCAAACAUCAGCGCGAGUGCUAAAGAUUUGAUCAAGAAAUUGCUCGUCAAAGAUCCUCGUGCAAGAUUUACUGCUGCUCAAGCCCUAUCACACCCAUGGGUUCGAGAAGAUGGAAAUGCUUCUGAAAUUCCUCUUGACAUUUCCGUUUUAUCCAACAUGCGCAAAUUUGUGAAAUACAGUCGCCUAAAACAGUUUGCUCUAAGGGCUUUAGCUAGCACGCUUGAUGAAGAGGAGAUAUCGGAUCUUAGAGAUCAGUUUCAUGCGAUUGAUAUAGAUAAAAAUGGUGCUAUUAGUCUCGAGGAAAUGAGAGAGGCCCUUGCUAAAGACCUUCCAUGGAAGAUGAAAGACUCACGUGUUUCAGAGAUUCUAGAAGCUAUAGAUGGUAACACAGAUGGGCUUGUAAAUUUCACGGAGUUUGUUGCAGCCACUCUCCAUGUUCAUCAAUUGGAAGAACACAACUCUGAAAAAUGGCAACAUUUGUCAAAGGCUGCGUUUGAGAAAUUUGAUGUUGAUAAAGAUGGAUAUAUAACUCCAGAAGAACUCAGAAUGCAUACGGGCUUAAAGGGUUCAGUUGAUCCACUUUUGGAAGAGGCUGAUAUUGAUAAAGACGGUAAAAUUAGUUUGUUGGAGUUUCGUAGACUUUUAAGAACCGCAAGCAUCAGUCCACGCCCACGGCCCAACCACCACCACCACCACCACAACAGCAACAACAUCAACAACAACAACAACAUCAUCAACAACAACAACAGUAUCCCAGUCCCAUCAAGUCACGGGGUAGGGGUGAGGUUAGAUGUAGACGGUCACACCAGUACCCAAGGGUAG